GUAUCCUUGAUGCUGAAAACUGAAGGCUGAGCCGCAUUUCAAGCUCUGCGGUACUUUGUCAAGGCCUUGUACAAAAGUUUCCAAUUCGGUCAGCAUAAUAUUUUAAGUUCGCACUCAUCCUCUAAUUCGUUUAUAUCCUAAUCUUUUAUUGGGUUCAAAUUAUCGAGUUAGCUGAGUCAAUAAACAUCUCCAGUCAUACGUUUUUUCACCACUUCCCAAAUAAAUUUUACACAAAACUUUAGUUAGAGACCGUAGUCGACUGGACGCUAGGGGUAAACUGUACUGUUCCGUUUGCUAUGUAAACUAACUAACUAUUUAGAUCUCUGUCCAAAUAACACCCAAGCUAUUCAGAGACAUUGAUACAUCGUUUGCAAAACCACGACUAACUGGCAGGAAGCUGGUCAAAGAAUGGCUUUUAGUUUUAAAUCUUCUAAGUACUUGCUCAUAGCCCUUAACUUACUCUACUUAGUUGUUGCUUUCAUUCUUGUUGGCGUUGCUGCGUAUGCCAGGCUGAGCAUCUAUGUGACGAGCGUUCAUAUUGUUGGCGGUAUUAUAGCUUGUGGAGUCUUCCUCUUUGUGCUUGCUGUAGUUGGAUUGUUGGGCGCUAUCAAACACAACCAGCCAAUAUUAUUUUUCUAUAUAAUCCUACUUUUCAGCCUCUUUCUCGUCCAGUUUUCUGUAGCAUGCGCUUGUCUGUCACUCUCCAGUGAUUAUCAAAAGAUUUUAGUUGAGACGGCGUGGAAACAAAGCUCCAAUAACUCAAAACUAACUGUCAUGACGGCGUUUAAAUGUUGUGGUCUCCAUAAAGCCGAUCUGCUUCCAUCUGACCCACUGGGAUGUCCCCCGUGCAAGUUAGCCAAGCUGUCUUGCUGCGAUACACCUGAUGGUGAAACUGCUAAAUGCUGCCAAGGUCCAGAUGUGGGGAAUAACACGUUUUGCCCAUGUACUACAACUUGUUGGACUGUAAUUCAAGAACGGUUAUCAACUGGUGUCCGAGUUACUGGUGCCACUAGCCUUUUCUUCAGCGUUAUUGAACUUCUAGGAGUCUGGACAGCUCUUCGCUAUCGGCACCAACGUGAUCCUUUACUUGAUCCGAACAGCGUUCUUUGAACUGUCUUCUCCAUAUUCAUUGUCAUUACUAUUAUUAUUAUCGUCAAUGCUAGUGCCAUACCAUAUAGCUCUGCAACACAUCAUGGAUGCUUGACAGAUUAAUUUUAUAACAUAACGUAACAUUUUCUAGUCAUAAAUACUAAUGAAACAACCUUAAUUUCACCUAUUUCUUUGUGUGUUUGUAUACAUUAUUGCUUUAAUUGUUUUCAUCUAUCCCAAUUUAUAAUCAAUAUUAUCUUCACAAGUGAUAAAAGCCCCCAUAUCCCCAUUAUCAUUUGUUCGAUGAGUUCAUUUUUAAUAUAUUUUCUUUAAACUAGCGAAACAGACUGGUCUUUGCACACACAAAUUUGUGCAUAUUUAUCUGUUUUUCACUCUAUAUUUGUGUUCGUACACAACAAUUGUCUUAAUUAAAGUCACUGUGAUCUCAAAGCACUUGAAGGGAUCCAUAAAACGUAAAAUAGAUUUCGUGUAAAUAAUA